AUGCAGCCCCGACCCCCGGCGGGCAGCCCUCCCCGCCGCGGUACGCCACCGUCGCUGCUCAUCCCUUCCUCCCACAGCGCGUUCCCCGCCGCCGCCGACGGCGACCAUGACGCCGCCGUCUCCGAGCACCCCUACGUCACGCUGCAAGAGUGGUGGCUGGCAACCGCGGAAGGGGACGACCAGAAGAUCGCUGUCGCCGGGAGAUUCGAACGGGAUAAAGAACUUCAUGACUACUCUCCUGCACCUAUUGCGAAGCGUCAUAUGCCUCUUCUUCUUGAGACUGAGGAUGGAACCAUACUUUGCAUCGAUGGUGACCUCAAUACUUCGCACACGUAUCGCAAUGGAUAUUCAACUAAGGUCUGUAGUGACUUCCUGAAUGGAUUUCCAGACUCGUGGCAAAGUUGCAAGCCGUGCAAUUCUAGAGUGGACUCCACUCCAUUUUACCUGGAGAAAUUUGACCAGGGGAGACGUGUGCAUACAGAAGGAAUCAAUUUGAUUAGCAAAUUUCAAGACAUUUUGGGAAGUUUCUCACACAAUGAUGCUGUGUUCCAAAAAUCAUCACAUUUAUUAAAUGGAACACCCAGAUUUGAAGAAUAUACUUGUGAUGGUGAUAUCGCAACAAAUGAAAAUGCUGCUGCCUCAAGUGAAGCUGCCACAGGCGAUCAGAGAACUCCAGUAGUAACAUUGGAGGUUCAUGGUUGCCAUAAAGAGACUCAGCACAUGUCAUUGACUGAGAAGGCAGCAGUAGAUGAAGAAUUGCCAACUCCAGUUUAUUUGGAUAUGCAAUCAAAUGGAACACUAAUAUUGAAUGAAGACACUGCUGCUUCAAAUGAUGACAAUGAAAGAUGCACAGCUACAUCAAAAGAGGGGAACAACAUGGAAAUAGGCUUGGUUACGGGCAGCCCUACAAGAGAAAGAGGCCAUGAUGACAUUGCUACUCAUGUUUCUUUAGCUCCUGCAGUGGAAUGUGCUAAUAAUGCAGUCAGUGAAUUGGUACACAGUACUCCAGCAACAGGCACAUAUCGUAAAAAGACUCCUGUGGCUUCUUUGAAGAGUCAAGGUUCCUGGAGGGAAAAUCAGCACAUAGCUUCAAAUAAGAAGCCUGUAGACUGGCCCCAGAAGCAAAUAUUGCCACAAGAAAAGUGUCAGAGUGCUACAAGAUUUCCAGUGACCAGGAACUUAGUUUCAUAUGUGCAUCGGUCUCCGCCUACUCGUGGUAAGGACACGUCGCGGUCAAUGACAACAGUUGAAGCUCUCAAUCUUAAAAGAAGCAGAUCAGGUCGCAGUGGCGACGAUGAGGGUGGAGAGGAUGCUGUUGCUAGGCGAAGGCGCCCUUGUGUGGCAGUGAGGAAGGCCUCCAUGAACAAGGGAGACCAACCAUCUUCUAGCAGAGGACGGAGCAACAUCGGUGUGAGUAAAUCUCCACUGAAGAAGGUCCCCAAGCCAAAGCUGCAAGGUAAUGAGAAAGGAGCAGCUGAACAUUUUUUAACAAGAUUUUCAGUUCAUAGGAUCCGUAAGCUUGUUCCUGAUUUAGUUAAAGAUGAAGAUCGAAAGGGUUGGAUUGCUCUGUCUGGGCAUGGUUCUCUGCUGUCUAUGUCUGAAUUCUCUAUUCCAGUAAAGCUAGUCAAGUGGAUAAUGCAACACAUAGAUCCUUUGUUGUGCGAGUUCAGGCUUGAUGACAAGGUGAUUAUAUUUGAUCGCCCUCUGGUUUGCAAGAUAUUAGGCUUUGAAAAUGGUACCGAACCUUUGGACCUAUCUGGUGAUGUUGGGAGGGUAUUCUGUAAUCAGUAUAUGGAUGGCAAUAGGGCUAAGCUGAGAAAGUGCAUACAAGUGCUCAAAUCAAGUAAGGAUAGGGAUUCGUUCAUGAGGGCUUUCAUGCUUCUAGCUUUGGGGUCAGUUUAUUGUCCGGGUACAACAAAUGCAGUGUGCUUGAAUUAUCUUCAUAGCUUAUAUGAUGUAUCCAAGAUCAAAGAAUUCGAUUGGGCUGGUCAUAUCCUAGAGAUGUUGAUGGAAGAGGUGAAGAAGUACCAGAAAUUAUCUCCUGAACAACUUGAGCGUAACCAUAACAUUGCAGGCUGUCUUGCAAUUUUAGCGAUUGCGUACAUGGAUCAUCUUGAUAUCCCAAAAGAUCUUGGUACGCAUCAAAUUUGUUAUGAUGUACCUCGCAUUUGCAAUGUAUCCAAAAAGGACUUUGAGUUUGUGAUGAGUGUGGACAUGCAGAGUCCCAAGUUGCAUUCAUAUGGGAGGCUACCGUUUCGGGCUGUUACACCGUAUUCGACUCCCCCAAGUACAACCGAGCAUCCUAUGGCUGAUGAAGUGCAUAUUCAUAGUUCUGCAGCAUCUCUGGACGAUUGGCUGCACCCUUCAGGUUCCAGCAAUCAAAGUGCACAGCAGGUGCCUCCUCAAUACCAGCCCAUUAUCACAGAGACAAAUUCUCUAAUUGGGCGUGACAUUGAUGAUCUUGUUGAGGCUAUGACCGCAGAUUUUAAGGUCAAAUGCAAGGGCAUAUACAAGAACCGUUUGGGUGAGAUGACAGUUAAGUUGAUGAACCUAACCCAUCAGGGUCCAUGCAGCACUUGCAAUGCAACCACCAAGGCCUCUAUAAGUGGUGCUGUGCCCCCUUCUAAGGGAGUGAAUCAGAAACUGAUCAAAGGAAGAAAAGAAAGACUGAAUGAGCAUCUUCCAGACAACCGGGACUACCAACCAAACAUGACAAAAAGAAAACCCAGCGCACAGAACUGCAGCAGCCAGAACGUGAAGAACGUUUUGUCAUCUGAACUCCUGGUGCACGAGUCGGUGUCGGCGUGA